AGUCCAUUCCCCAUUCAUUGACUUCUUAUCCAAAACUGAGUUGCUUUUGUUACAACCAAACACACUCACAGAGUCACAGUAUCUCGUUCCAACCGUUUUUAAAUGUCAUUUUCAGCGUUGAGUUACGGCGGUGCUAUCACUCUUUCCCCUUCCAACAAUUUCAAUCGUCGCCGAGUUUACUCUCAAGCUCAUUCCAAUUCCCAAUUACGUCACAAACCUAUCCCACCCAUCGUCAAAUUCACUAAGAAGUUAACUUCCCUUGUUAAAAACAAUCAGUUUCACACUGCUAUUUCCCUCUCUAAUCAAAUGGAACUCAUAGGAAUUCAACCUAACAUUGUUUCUUUGAACAUCUUAAUCAAUUGUUUCUGCCACCUUAGUCAACUUAAUUUUGCAUUUUCUGUAUUGGCAAAAAUUCUAAAGCUAGGUUAUAAGCCUAAUACAAUAACAAUGACUACACUUAUGAAAGGCAUGUGUCUUAGUGGUCAGGUUAAUAAAGCAUUGGAUUUUCAUGACGAUGUUAUAUCAAAGGGAUUUAAGCUUGAUCAAAUUAGUUAUGGUAUCUUGAUUAAUGGGUUAUGUAAAAAAGGAGAAACAACAGCUGCCCUCCGGUUGCUUAGAAAGAUUGAAGCGUUAAUGGUUAAACCGAACGUGGUAAUGUACAGCACGGUCAUUCAUAGUCUUUUCAAGGAUAAUCUUGUGAGUGAUGCCUUUGGUUUAUAUUCUAAAAUGAUUGUCAAGAAUAUUUCUCCUAAUGUUGUCACUUACACUAGUUUAAUAUAUGGCUUUUGCAUUGUGGGUCAAUUCAAAGAAGCUGUUGGUUUGUUAAAUGAAAUGUUGUUGAAAAACAUCAGCCCGAAUGUUCUUACUUUUAAUACACUGAUUGAUGGUUUAUUUAAGAAAGGAGAGGUGAGAAAGGUUAGAAAUGUGUUAGCUGUUAUGAUAAAACAGGGUGUGAAACCUAAUGUUGUUACUUAUAAUUCUUUAAUGGAUGGGUAUUUUUCGGUUAAAGAAGUAAACAAGGCCAUAUAUGUGUUCAACACUAUUGCUCGAACGGAAGUGAAACCAGAUGUUUAUAGUUACAGUGUCAUGAUUAAUGGAUUAUGCAAGAAUAAAAUGGUGGAUGAAGCCGUGAAUCUCUUCAAAGAAAUGUAUUUAAAAAACAUCUCUCUCGAUACUGUAACAUACAAUUCGCUUAUUGAUGGGCUUUGCAAGUCGGGGAGAAUCUCUGUUGUUUGGGAUUUUCUUGAUGAGAUGUAUGAUAGAGGUCUACGUGCUGAUGUGAUCACUUACAAUUCUAUAUUGGGUGCUUUGUGCAAAAGCCGUCAGGUUGACAAGGCAAUUGAAUUAUUAGCGAAGAUCAAAGACCAAGGAAUUCAACUAGAUAUGUAUACAUACACUGUACUUGUCGAUGGACUAUGCAAAAAUGGAAGACUUAAGGAUGCACUAGAGAUUUAUCAGGAUCUUUGGAUUAAAGGCUACCAUUUUGAUGAGACGAUGUAUACUGUUAUGAUUGAUGGGCUUUGUAAAGAGGGCUUGUUUGAUGAAGCAUUAUCCUUAAUGUCAAAAAUGGAAGGUUGCACCCCUAAUGGCAUAACUUACACAACUCUUAUUAAGGCUUUGUCAAAAAAUGGCAAGAAUGAGAAGGCGGUGAAACUUCAUUGUGAAAUGAUUGCUAGAGGUCUUUUGUAAGAGUAAAACGACCAUCUAAUUUUUAUUUCUUUUUAUAUUUAUAAAAGAUGGUUGGUGGAAUUGGUUCACUAUUACAUUUGUUUUAAUUUUAAUUAAAACUUAUACUUUGGUAGUUUCAUUAUGAUAUUUGUAACAGCAAUUGUGUUUGUCUUUUUUUAUUCCUUAAUAGCUAUCCUUUUCUUCCCAA